AUGAUUUUCGAUCCCGCAUCUGCUCCCCAUCUCAAGCCAUGGCUUGUCCGGACGCUUGAGCCAAUAUGCGACGCUGAGCCUGGUGCAUUGGCUGACUAUAUUCUCGCUUUGCUCAAGCAUAAUGUUCCAGAGCCAGAGAUGCGAAAAGAACUGCAGGUCCAACUCGAGGAAUUCUUGGAGAACGAAUGCAAGUCGUUUAUCGACACAUUGUUUACCGUUCUAAGGACAAAAUCGUAUCUACCCUACUCGACUAACCCGCCUUCACCUCCGCCGGCGAACGACGAAGGAAAGUCAACACCGCUGGACGGAACGACGACGAGUGGGGCCGCUGGUCCUUCGAGCGACCGGACACGGAAACGGAGCUUUGGAGAUGACGAGCGGGAUACACGGCCGAGUAAAGGACCAAGGCUGAGCGCAGACGGCGAUUUCUCGAGAUAUGGAAACGGCAGAGCGGAUCAGCAAUGGGGAGGAGGAAGGCAGGGGAUGGUUCAGGAAGGAGCAGCCUACGGAGGUCAGAUGAACGGCAGACGACAGGGGUACCAGCCGCCUGGCCAAAAAAGGGGUAUCUGCCGUGACUACCACAACCACGGUUUCUGUGCACGCGGUGAGACGUGCAAAUACAGUCACGGAGACGAUGCUGUCAUUCCAUCUCAGUUAUACCCAAUGGUGCCGCCAAUGAUGCCCUUCAACUACCUCUACAACAUGUUCAACGCGCAACAACCUUACGACCCUAACGACGCAAGAAUUGACGGCCAUGCUGGCGGCCCGAGACAACACCAGCGCGCUCCCAUAAUGCCGAGGGAAGGCGGGGCGCACCCGCACGCCUCUGGUGAACUUCCAGUGAUACAGGACCUGACACCUAGCGCUCCAACGGACCCCAAUGCGCCCCAGAAACCGCCAAUGCCCCAACAACCCUCAAUGGCUAACAUGUCUAUACCACCGCAGCUUAUGGCAAUGAUGCCAGGCAUCGAUCCAUCCAUGUUUGCCGCAGGCAUGCCCCCAUUCGCAGGUCCACCUAUGGACCCUUCAGGCAAUAUGCCUCCCGGCUCCGACGCGACCGCCCCUCAAGGACCUCCAUCCAAUCAAACAAACCCUAAUUUCCGUGGGCGAGGUGGACCCAGCAAUCGAGGACGAGGAGGGUCAUUCGGCGCCGACGCCAGUUCAUUCCGACCCAACCGGCGAGGGGACAAAACGCUCGUCGUCGAAAAGAUUCCCGAAGACAAGCUCUCCCUCGACUCUAUCACUUCUUGGUUCAAAAAAUUCGGAGAGGUGACGAACGUAGCUGUGGAUCCUAGGGGUGGGAAGGCGCUGGUCAGUUUCGCGACGCAUGAAGAGGCUAGGGCGGCGUGGAAGAGCGAGGAUGCGGUGUUUAAUAAUCGGUUUGUGAAGGUGUUUUGGCAUAAACCGAUGGAAGGGCACGGGCAGGUUGGACAGAGGGCGCUGGCUGCUUCAGCAUCUUUGGUGGCGAAUUUGAACGCCAAGGAGACCGGUGGUACACAGGCGGGUUCUUCGUCCUCCACGGCGUCACAAGCUGGUGCUUCCGCGUCAGCAUCACCAGCUCCAGCGGCGGCUCCCAAAAAAUCAACGCAAUCUUCAGCAGCAGCGGCCCUAGCAGCAAAACAAGAACUGCUGGAAAAACAAAUCACAGAACAGAAGGCACUGAUGAACGAACUGACUGGUGCAACUGCGGAGCGGAAGAAAGAGAUCAUGGCUCGUCUGCGGAAACUCAACGAAGAGAUGACUACGGCAAAGGACACGCCCACGCCUCCCCCUCCGUCCAAGAAGCCAACACCGGAGUCAACCGAUGCAAAAGGCCAGGACAAAGACACGGAGAUGCAACCACCAGAGGGAGAAGCAACUGGAGAAGAAACCACAGAGCAGCUCAAAGCCAAACUCGAGCGACUCAAAGCCGAAGCUGCGAGCUUGGGCAUCGAAUCUGCCGAUGCAAGUGGAGGUUAUAGUGGAUAUCGUGGUGGAUAUCGUGGACGUGGGAGAGGGCGAGGGUUCUACAGAGGCGGGCCAGCAAUGCGUGGCGGCCCUCCGCGUGGUAGCCUUAAACUCGAUAACCGGCCGAAAAAGCUGUUGGUUAAGGGUGCGAAUGGGGAGAGCGAGGUGCAGCAUGUGAAGGAUUGGUAUGAGUCGCUCGGUCAGGUGGAAAACAUCGAAACGCUCGAUGGAGGGGAUGUCCUAGUCUCGUUUAGGACUCGAGCAGCCGCCGAACAGGGCCUAGCCAAAGGCACAUCGAUCCCAGGCAUUCCCAACAAGCUCACCAUUACAUGGCACGUCUCCAAGAGUCCAGCACCCUCCACAACCCCAGCACCUUCUUCCUCAAAACCGACAGGCGACGCUACAGGAUCGUCGACAUCCAUGGCUGUAGACAAAGACCCUGGUGCUGAGGAAGAUGGCGGUCGGUCGCCGCCACGCCACGAGGAAGAGGAGGUGGGUGGAUGGGGAGGGUACGAUGACGGGAUGGGCAUGUUGUAA